AUGCCGGAGAUACGUCCAGAUAAGCCACGGGACGACUUUGCCGGACCCGAAUCUGGUCCGGAGCCUCCAUUCCCCAUCAAGCUGAGUGGACCGGUCAUCAAGGGCUUUGGGAGGGGGAGUCGUGAGCUCGGCAUCCCCACAGCCAACAUCCCACCCUCCAACCUCUCCUCCUACCCAGACCUCAAAUCCGGCGUCUACUACGGCUUCGUCGGCCUAAAACUCACGCCCGAAACCACCCAACCUGCCGACAACAGCAAACUGACGCUGUCAUCUUCCGCAUCAACCAAUGGUGUGGGCGUCUACCCGGCGGUGCUAAGUAUUGGAUAUAAUCCUUACUACAAGAACAAAACCCGCAGCAUCGAGAUCCACCUCCUGCACCACUUCCCCAGGCACAACUUCUACCACACGCCGCUCAACCUCCUGAUCCUGGGCUUCAUCCGACCGGAGUACGACUACGCCUCGCUCGACGCUCUGGUGUCGGAUAUAAAAACUGACUGUGACGUGGCGCGGCGGUCGCUGUUGGAGCGGGAGGGGUAUCGGCGGUUCAUGGGGGAUCGGGCGUUGAGGGAGUUUGGGUGGUGGGAAGAUGGAGAUGGAGAUGUGGGGAGGUUGGAGAGGGAGGUUGUUGGUGGCGAAGUGAAGGGGGAAGGGGAGGGAGAGGGUGGCGGGCAGGGUGAUGGGAAGCUUUAA